AGCCGCACCAGUCACGUGGACGCGUUGUCACGUGACUGCGUCAGUGGUCCUGUUGCAACCGGCGGACGUGGUUGGCGUUGUGGGGCAGGGGGUGGUGGGGAAAGAUGGCGGCACACCUGUCCUACGGGCGAGUGAACCUAAACGUGCUGCGCGAGGCGGUGCGUCGCGAGCUGCGCGAGUUCCUGGACAAGUGCGCAGGAAGCAAGGCAAUAGUUUGGGAUGAAUACCUAACUGGACCCUUUGGCCUGAUUGCACAGUAUUCACUAUUGAAGGAACAUGAAGUGGAAAAAAUGUUCACACUUAAAGGAAAUCGUUUGCCGGCAGCUGAUGUCAAGAAUAUUAUUUUUUUUGUCAGACCCAGGCUAGAGUUGAUGGAUAUAAUUGCUGAAAACGUGCUCAGUGAAGAUAGACGAGGCCCGACGAGAGAUUUUCAUAUUCUGUUUGUGCCACGCCGUAGCCUGUUGUGCGAACAGCGAUUGAAGGAUCUGGGAGUCUUGGGAUCCUUUAUUCAUAGGGAGGAGUACAGCUUAGAUCUCAUUCCAUUCGAUGGGGAUCUCUUAUCCAUGGAAUCAGAGGGUGCGUUCAAACCCCAGGAACAGAGAUGGACCCCUGGGAGGCCCCCAUGGCCUGGCAGUAAUUGGCCUUUCCCCUCACAGGAGUGCUACCUGGAGGGUGACCAGACGAGCCUGUACCAUGCAGCCAAGGGGCUGAUGACCCUGCAAGCUCUGUACGGAACGAUCCCCCAGAUCUUUGGGAAAGGAGAAUGCGCUCGGCAAGUGGCCAAUAUGAUGAUCAGGAUGAAGAGAGAGUUUACAGGAAGCCAGAAUUCGAUAUUUCCCGUUUUUGAUAAUCUCUUGUUGCUUGAUCGGAAUGUGGAUUUAUUAACACCUCUUGCCACUCAGCUGACAUAUGAAGGACUCAUUGAUGAAAUUUAUGGCAUUCAGAACAGUUAUGUGAAAUUACCUCCAGAGAAAUUUGCACCUAAGAAACAGGGCGAUGGUGGUAAGGACCUCCCCACGGAAGCAAAGAAGCUGCAGCUGAAUUCUGCAGAGGAGCUCUAUGCUGAGAUCCGAGACAAGAACUUCAAUGCGGUGGGCUCUGUGCUCAGCAAGAAAGCAAAGAUCAUCUCGGCAGCAUUCGAGGAAAGACACAAUGCUAAGACCGUGGGGGAGAUCAAGCAGUUCGUUUCCCAGUUGCCCCACAUGCAGGCAGCAAGGGGCUCACUUGCAAACCAUACCUCAAUUGCAGAAUUGAUCAAAGAUGUCACUACUUCUGAAGACUUCUUUGAUAAAUUAACCGUGGAACAGGAGUUUAUGUCUGGAAUAGACACUGAUAAGGUCAACAAUUACAUUGAGGAUUGUAUCGCCCAAAAGCACUCGUUGAUCAAGGUGUUAAGAUUAGUUUGCCUCCAAUCCGUGUGUAAUAGUGGGCUCAAACAAAAAGUUUUGGAUUAUUACAAAAGAGAGAUUCUCCAGACAUAUGGCUAUGAGCACAUAUUGACCUUACACAACCUGGAGAAGGCCGGCCUACUGAAACCACAGACCGGGGGCAGAAACAAUUACCCAACUAUACGGAAAACAUUACGCCUCUGGAUGGAUGAUGUUAACGAGCAAAACCCCACGGACAUAUCCUACGUGUACAGUGGGUAUGCCCCACUCAGUGUGCGGCUGGCCCAGCUGCUUUCCCGACCUGGCUGGCGGAGCAUCGAGGAGGUCCUCCGCAUCCUCCCAGGGCCCCACUUUGAGGAGCGACAGCCACUGCCCACAGGACUGCAGAAGAAACGUCAACCAGGAGAAAACCGAGUGACUCUGAUAUUUUUCCUCGGGGGCGUAACCUUUGCUGAAAUUGCUGCCCUGCGAUUUCUCUCCCAGUUGGAAGAUGGAGGUACAGAAUAUGUCAUUGCCACCACUAAACUAAUGAACGGAACCAGUUGGAUAGAGGCUCUGAUGGAAAAACCUUUCUAGGGUGUUCAGAGGAGACUUAACGAGUGUACUGCAGAAUAAACUGCCUCUUUGAAGAAGUUGCUGAAAGGAAGUUAAACCCCAUAGAAGAAACAUGGAAUGCAGAAUAUAUUCUGGGGUCAGCUUCUUAAAUUAUACUACCGUUUACUGCUUUCUCCUUCUCUUUUGUAUUCCUUUUUUUUUUUUUGCUUUGAGACGGAGUCUUGCUGUGUCACCCAGACUAGAGUGCAGUGGCACGGUCUCACCUCACUGCAACCUCCACCUCCUGGGUUCAAGAGAUUCUCCUGCCUCAGCCUCCUGAGUAGCUGGGACUACAGGCAUGCACCACCACACCCAGCUAAUUUUUGUAUUUUUAGUAGAGAUGGUGUUUCACCAUGUUGGCCUGGCUGGUCUCAAACUCCUGACCUCAGGUGAUCCACCCACCUCAGCCUCCUACAGUGCUGGGAUUACAGGCCUGAGCCACCAUGCCCAGCCCCUAAUCUGCUGAAUAAAGAAGAAUAGAAGAGAAUCAACCUGAGUCAAAGAAGCACUGGUUUUGAGUUUUCUAAGCUCAGGGUCUUCAUUAGAGACCUCUGGAAACACAUUAAGGAUGAUGGGGGUAGAUAAUCCAUUCUGCCAGACAAAGGAGGCCGGCUCUUAAAAUAAGAAAGCUGAGACUGAGGAGGUGAAACGGAAAAUAAAAAGAGAAAGUCCAUCCCCUAA